GUGUGGAGUCCCUACCAGCAGCCCGAGAGUCUCGGUGACCUGGAGGGCCGUGUGGAGGACAAGUCCCGCAGCCUCUACACCCACGAGGAGUACAUCAGCCUGGUGCUCAACAGCGGCAGCGGUCUGUCCCACGACUACGUCAGCCAGUCCAUCCAGGAGGACCCGCGCAUGAUGGCCUUCUUUGACUCGCUGGUGCGUCGAGAGAUCGAGGGCUGGAGCUCUGACUCUGACAGCGACCUGAGCGAGGAGGCCAUCAUGCAGCUCCAUGCCCGGGGGCGCCGCACCACGAGGGCCACGCCAACAGCUCCCACCCCUGUCUCUGCUGCAGGUCACCACAGCGACUCUGAUAACUCGUCCUCCUCCUCUCUGGCUGGACCUGAAGCCUCAGGAGGGGAAGAGCACGCCGAAGCGGAGGUGGAGGAGCGGCCGAGGAGACGGAGCAGGCAUCAGCGGCAUCAGUCUGGCUUCCUGGUCAACGAGGAUUCAGACUCGAGUGAGUUUUGGCUCGACCCCAUGCCUCGGCCUCGCUCCCCGAGCCCCAGGGACAACUCCACGCUGUCCAGCCCCACCUCCUCGCCCUCACUUCCCGCCGGAGCCUCCAGCUCCUCCACAUCCACCUCCAGCUCCAGCAGCGACGACGAGGAGCGUCGUAGCGCAGUGAGGAGGCGUAACGUCAUGAGGAGACGACGCAUGCAUGUCGUCUCCAGAGCCGGGGAUCGACCCGAGUCCGUGCAAGCUCUGUUUUCAGCCAUCGACUCCUGCAGCUACCCUUCGAUAUCCAUCGAUGACCUGUCUUCCUCUUCGUCAGGCGAGGUUCAGAACUCUCUCCAAAUCAAGCCCAGUGGCGGCGGAGGUGGCGCCAGAGAUGAAGAAAAAUGUCUGAGCCCUUCUGACUUUGUGUGUCUGAGCCCAGUAAUGUCCCCCGAGAGCCAGGAGAAUGAGGAAGGGAGUGACAGGACUGAGCUGGAAAGACAUUCAGUUGCGUCUCCACUGCAAGGACACAGGACUGAAGAACGGGCCGCUACUGAGCUGGCGUUAGACAGCUCUGAUAGCGGAGAGGCUUGUAGCAGCUCGGUUGCGCUAAACUCUCCGAGCCGACACAGCCCCGGAGUGAACGGGCGACACCGGACUGUAGCGUCUUAUGUGAGAGAGACUGUGUCCUCAGAAUCAGAGGAAGAGACUGGCGUUACACCUGAAGACACGAGGCCGCAGAGAGAAAAGAGCGUGGCACAGAGCGCUCUGAAACGGACUCACAUGGGAUCAGAGGAGGGCGAGACCUCCCCCUCCGAAAAGAAGUUAAAAACAUAAUGACACCUCUCUCUCAUCCCGGGAAGAAAUCAUUUGUUAUAAGACUUGAUUUAGGAAGUGGGUUUUCUAUGGGUUUUUACAGCUUUUCAUUUUGCGUCUUGUAGUCAUGUGACAUGUCAUAUGAACUGAUUAGGAGCAGAAGACGCUGAGGAACUAAAAGAAAAAAAAAAAGAGGAAAAAGAAGAAACUGAUUAAUUUUUGUUUUUUGAACAAACGAAUUGGACGUCAUCAUUGUUUUGGUCAAACCAGAGAUGACAUUAAAAGGCGGAGAAUAUAAAACUAAAUUUUGCUGAUAACAAUGGAAUUUUAAUCGAAGCGCAUUUAUUUUCAUGCAGUGUUUCUUUCUCAUGGUUGGUGCAGAAAGCUCCACCCAGGAUUUGGAGCUCCUCCAACCAUAAAAAAAGGUCUUACAGAGGACAAAAGCUUUGCAGCAUUUUAAUUUCACUCUGAGCAUAAAUCUGAUUGGGCUUAUUUUUUUUUAUUUUGAAGUGAUUGUCGGCUGCUUCAGGGUGUGAAGCAGAAUUGACUGCGUCUGUGCGGAGCACCAUUUGUUUAAGCUGUGCAUUGACAUUAUGCUUUCAGUGUCUCCAACAAUUGUUUUUUUGUCUCAUUAUCAGGUCCCUGGGUACCAUUACAAGCCAGCGCUCGCUUUUGUUUUCUUGCAAUUAAAAAAAUAAUUUGUUUUCUCAGUGACAAAAGCAGAAACUUCUUCCUGAGGCUUUGCUGAUUCGCAGUAGACGAGUUUAUCUGGUGAAAUAUUUGCUGUUUCUGACACAAGACAGAAUGUAACCA